AUGGAGCAGAUCUCUGACUAUCUCUUCAGGUAUAAAAACUACAACUUUCCCAUCGGAUACCCAACAACAACUGCGGAGUACAUUGAUUCACUCCAGAGCUUUGAAAUCCGAGAUAGUGACAUAUUCCUCGUCACUUAUCCAAAGUCAGGCACAGUAUGGUCUCAGCAGAUCAUCAUCUCCAUCUGUGAGUUGGGUGGAGGUCUGAAUGAAUAUCCAAACAACAUGGAGCAGAUGCCAUGGCUGGAGUACAGGGAGGAUCGAGACUACUCUGUACGACCCUCUCCUCGGCUGUUUGCCUCUCACCUCACCCCUGCUCUCAUGCCUCUGGGACUGAAGGACAAGAAGGCAAAGAUUAUCUAUGUGAUGCGGAAUCCAAAGGACAACAUGGUCUCCUGUUACCACUUCAGUCGUGCCCUCAGCACCCUGGAGACACCAAAGAGCUUUGAGCACUUUUUUGAAGAUUUUUUGAAGGGCAACGUUGGAGCAUCAUCCUGGUUUGACCACAUCAGAGAGUGGCAUUCAAUGAAAGACCAGUACAAAAUCCUCUUCCUGACCUAUGAGGAAAUGAUUUUGGACCUGAGGGCAGCUGUAACUAAGAUCUGCACCUUCUUAGGGAAAAACCUGAGUGAAGCAGCCAUUGAGCAAGUUGUAGAAAAAUCUACAUUCAACAACAUGAAGAAAGACCCAAAAGCCAAUUAUAAGUUUCUGCCAGAAACGAAGUUGAAGGGAGACUUCAUGCGCAAAGGUAAUAUCGGUGACUGGAAGAACCACCUGACUGCAGCUCAGAGUGAAAGAGUCGAUCAGCUCCUUCAGGAGAAACUGGGUGAUAUGUCUCUGAAGUUCAUCUGGGAAUAA